AUGACUAAGAAAACCGAUUCCGCAACGGAAAGCCCUAAGAAAACGAAGCAAAAGGAUGAAAAACGCAAAUCAAAGAAAGACAAGGGCUCAGGAAACACUGAGAAGAGAGUCAAAAAGAAAAAAUUGGAAGUUAUAGAAGAGGUGGCGAAAACGACAGACGCUGGAGAAGCGGAACCAAUAACUGAUCUGGAGAAACCGAAGAAGAGCAAGAGAUCGGGAGAUUCCGAGAAAAGAAGUAAAAAGAAAAAAACAGAAAACGUUGAAAAUAUGGAAGGGUUGCAACAAACAACAGAAUCGUCGCCAGUUGCUGAAUUAGAGGAAACAGAAGAGAAGGAUACGUCAUCAGGAAAUAUCGAAGAGAUUGAAGAGAACAAACAAGAGGUUUCCGAAGAUAUAAAUGAUGAAUUAAAAGCAGAUGCAUCUAAUGAGUCAAAGAAAACUAAGAAAAUGAAGACUGAAGAGAGUGGUAAUAAGCCCAAGAAAUCAAAGGCCUCUGAAAAACAUCAAGAUGCUGAAACUUCGCCCACAAAGUCUAACAAGCGAAAACGUGAAGACCCUUCAGAAAUUGAUAUAUCCGAUUCUGAAGUCAAUUCUGAGGAAGAAGUCACAAACGGAGUCGCUGAAAUUGACAACUCUAAUACUAAUGGAAAUGUAGAAACUGAGGAAGUCGAAAAUCACACUGAUAGUGAAGACACUGAUAGUGAAGACGCUGAAAGCAAGAAGAUCGAGAGUCACUCUACAAACGGUAGUCCAGCAAAAGCUUUUAUUAAAACAGAAAUGUCUGAUGAUCAACAUGGAAUUUGGGUUGGAAACCUAAAUUACCAAACUUCUGAAGAAAGCCUGAGAGGUUUUCUUGAAGAGUGUGGAGAAAUUACACGAGUAAAGAUACCAAAAAACUUGGAUCAGACGCAUAAAGGCUUUGCCUACGUGGACUUUUCAUCAGCAGAUGCUGUUAAAGCCGCAGUGGCGCUUAGCGAGGGAGUGCUUGAAGGACGGAGCCUGCUGAUUAAAGAUGUCAAUGAUCGGAGCGAUAACACAAACAAUGCUGACAAGAGCGCAAUGCUGUUUGUUGGGAAUCUUCCGUGGGAGACUGAAGAAGCAGAUCUUCGAACCCAUUUUGGAGAUUGUGGAGAAAUUGUCAGUAUUCACAUGCCGGUGUUUGCUGAUUCUGGAAAAUUCAGGGGUUUUGCACGUAUUAAAUUUGCGGACGCGUCUGCUGUUGAUAAUGCUUUAUCGGAUUCCAACAAGGAGUACUUUCAUGAUCGUUCUACUCUCUUUGUGGGUAAUUUACCAUUUAGCACGUCCGAAGACGAUUUAUAUACUUUCUUUGGAGAAUCCGAGACCGUCGUAGGAGUACGUCUUCCAACAUUCGAAGAUUCUGGGAAGGUUAAAGGAUUUGCUUACAUCGACUUUGAAGACAUAGCAGCGGCCGAAAGAGUGCUUAACGAUACUUCUAAGCACACGCUCAACAACCGGCAAUUAAAAAUGGAUUACAGUCCUUCGGGGUCAAAGAACAGCCAUAGGGGUGGAAAUAAUUACGAUGGCUACCGAUCAACUCCGCGUAAACGUUCUCAAUACGGCAGCACCUUUGGAGGCAGUCGUGGGGGCGGUUAUGGGGGCGGUCGUGGGGACAGUCGUGGGGGCGGUCGUGGAGGCGGUCGUGGAGGCGGUCGUGGAGGUGGUCGUGGAGGUGGUCGUGGAGGCAACUAUGGGGGCAGCUACGGUCAACCUUCGUUUGGCAGAGGUGCUGGCGGUAGUCCGCGUGGCGCUGCUAGAGGUGUAAAUGCGAUUGCCCCACGUGCUAAGGGCAUGAUUGCGGAGUUUCAGGGAACUCGAAUGAAGUUCGACUAG